AUGCGCGCCGCCUGCCUGCUGCGCCGCCUGCCUCGGCGCCUGCUCCACCCCAUUGUGCUCCCGCGCCGGAGCCUCCCCUCGACCUCGCCCUUCCCCACGUCAGCGCAUGUCAAGCUCGACCUCGCCUCGCUGCUCGCCGGCGCCGCCCCGCCGUGGUCGCCAUCGCCCGUUCCUCGGCGCGUCCGCCUCCGCGUGUUCCCCGCGCGCCGCCUCUUCCCGCCGGCCGCCUCUUCUGCCCAGGUCUCCCCGUGCCCCUGCUGCAGCUCGCUAGCCGCUGCAGUUCCGGCCAGCACCCGCAGAACGUUGGAGCUCGUCGUCGUUGCCUGCUGCUACUGCCGCCUGUUCGCAGCUGCAUGUGCCGAGCUCGCCUGCCGGCGUUUUGCUGUUGUGUUGAAUGCCGGCGCCGCAUGCUUCAUCCCCGCCUGCCGAGAGUCAUCGACAAAUUCGCGACAGCUCGAGGACGCCUCCAGGAGCAUGUUCCCGACGCUGGAUCGACCUCCCCCGCGUUGCAUCCACUACUUCCCGGCGGCGCUUCCCCUCCGACGAGAAGCUUCGCCGACGGCCUUCUUCCACUACUUCCUCUACGAGACGCCCCUCCUCGACUCGUGCGCGAGCCACGUCUCUCCUCGACCUAUUGGCGUCCCGAAUCCAAAGUCGAGUCCAAACCCUCUCCAAGCGGCGCGGGCUGCUGCCGGCCGCUACAGAUUUUCUGUCCCCUUCCCGCCAAAUCCUGGCGCCAACUUUCCAUCGCUCUCCCUCCUCCGCGCCAAAGCCGCCUCCCCCUCCAACCUCCUCAUACAUACGGGCAAUAUCCAGAGUCGGGAAGCAGAGCAGGGUUCCAGUUCCGGCGCCGAGAUCUCUUAUCGCCGCCGCCGCCGGAGCUCCUUCCGUCCUCCUUCAGUCCCUCCCUCCUCAAGGUCAGCGCGUCCCCGGACGGAGCGGGCGGUCGCCCUCUUCGGGUUCGACACCGACCGUACUCCCGCGGCUUUUCCUCGAUUCACCCGGGGCCGUGGGUUCUUCAGGCUCAGAAUAGAUUCGACCCUCAGAAGACCCGCAAAGUUCAAGAAGACCCGUGUAAUAAGUGAUAUAUACAGCGACAGUUAUGAAUUAGAUCUCACCACUUUAAAGCCUGUCAAGACUGAGAUGAUUGAUUCUGAACAAGUUGCCUCUCCUUCACCCAAUCUUGGUGAACAGGAUGUUCACAAUGCCUCUCUCAUGGAUCUAAAAGCUCGGUGCAAAGCUAAGAACAAGAAGGCUCCAAAAACCAUUUCUGAAGAAUCUGGUACUAAGAAUCGGUCUCAAUGUGGGGAUUUUGGGGAUGAAAGAUUGAAGGAGGAAGUUGAUCUUGAUGAGCCUCUUAUUGCUUUGAAACAGAAGAAGGAAAAGAUACCACCUCGUAAAGCAAAAGGCAAGAUGGAUGCAUCAUCUUCUCCACAUGCUACAAAACCAGUUGAUACAUCACCAAAGAGAGAUGAAAUCAGUCAUGUACAGCAUUUCCUAUUUGAGUCAACACUCCAUGACCCAAUGACGGAGAAGCUUGAAACAAGAACUGUAGAUCAAGAGCACUGCAGAAUUGCUAUUGAACAUAAUGAAGAAGUAGUUGGGGAGGACAUCUGCUGUGCUGAAAUGGAAAAUGCAGUAUUUCACACCCGUGACCAUUUAUCUGUUGUGCUGCAUCAGUUUCCCAUAGAAGAUAAUGGAUGUGGACAGCAGCCUGGCUUCAUCACCCAACCAAUUGAACAGGAUGUUUCUGACGCCAAAGCGCAUUUGCAUGACAAUGUGGAACAAAAAGUGAUGGAUCACAGGUUUUCUUCACUAGAUCCCAUUGAUCAAGUGUGCAACCAUCAAAGAUCAUUGGAUGAUACAAGUAUUUCAGAUGUGAAUAAGUCUUCUGUUGGGAAUGAACUUCCGUUGUCUUCUGUUAGUCGUUCUUGUGAUGAUCAUACAGAUAACAAUGAAUACAAGUAUCCAGAAAUUGUUCAAGUCAAUACAUCAGAAAGCAUAAAGCCCGUGGAAGAGUCUUCUCCAAUUGAUGAGCUUACUGCAGAUGUGAGGUGCACAUUGGUGGUCAUGCAACCUGAUUCAUGUGGAAGCACGGACAAGAUUUGCACUUCAUUUGAGGAGGUUGUGCAGAUGCCGGUGGAGGUUCAACCAGAUUCACUGGUCUGCCAUGAUGUGAAAACAAAGGAUAUAUUACUGCAUAUGAAUGUUGAACAAGCAGCCAUAGGCUACAGUUUCUCUUAUGACAAGACUCUUGAUUUGGCUCAUACUGCCAAUUUUGGCGCUCAAGAUGGGCAGCUAGAAAAUGUAGUUUAUGAUGCUCUGAAUAAUCAUGUGCAGCAGGAGUGUUCUGAAACAAAAACUUCUGUUGGAGUUCCAGAUACUGUUGUGAUUCUGAGCCCACCAACUGUAGCAAAUGUUUCACAUGAUGGUCACCUCUUACUUGCCAACAUGGAUGAGUCAUCAAAGGAUAUGAAUCAGCAAAGUGGUAGAAUGAAUGUUGACAUUUGUAGAUCUGUUGAUGAUCAAGAACCAAGAGAAGCAUAUGUUGUUCAACACAAGUCAUUCCAGGCCUGCGUUAACAUGGACAAAACUGGAUGUGCAAUAUCAGAUAGCUUCUCUAAUCCUGAAGAAACACAGAAAAUUUCUGCUGAAGCUUCAAGUUCAACUCCAACUUGCCUGGGAACUGAUGGGCAAACUAGGGCGUCUGAAUUUAUCAUUGAUGAAGGAUCAAUUGAAGUUCAUACUCCAAAAAAACUGUUGUCCAAGAGAAAGACUAUGUCACCAACUUGUCAGGAGAAGUUUUGCAAUGCUUGGACUGGUAUCGAUUUGUAUGGAGUCCAAAGGCCGAAGACAAAGAUCAAUCUUGAAGACCGAUCUAUGUUAACCACAGACAGGAAACUUAAGAACAGAACUUCUAGCUCCUUUACAAGCAAAGGAGUUGUCAAGUCAACAGAAUCCCAAUCUCCUCAGCUGGGAAGUUCAUCUGUUCUUUUGGACACGGAGAAAGUUGUUGACUUUUCACAAAGGCAGAUGCAUGAUAUAGAGAACAUUGCUGCAAAUCUUAUCAGCAGCUUGAAGCACAUGAGAAGUUUAGUGAACGAAACUUUGUCAUCGGAAGCACAUUCUUUGCUUCCCAGUUUUAACACUGCCGAGAUGAGAGCAGCAUCUGAGAAUGUGAUAGAUGUGGAGAGAACUACAAGGAAAUGGUUGACGAUAAUGAACAAAGAUUGCAACCGCUUCUGUAAAAUACUGACACUAGAUGGAAAGAAGGCUGUUCCGCAUCCACAAGUGCCGAGGAAACGUAGGAAGAUAACGUUUGCGGAUGAAGCUGGAGGAACACUCUGCUACGUGAAGGUGUUUAGUGAUGGACAGACCUCUCCUUCUGCAUGCCAGGGCGAGUUAUAAGCAUCACUUGUGCUGAUAGCUUUGGGCAUCAUGUGAAGUAGCUUUCGAAACCGUUCCAUCGAAAUGCCAAUUGUUGUAAUGAUGUUGCUGUUGAGUUGAUUGUACAACUGGUUGUUUCUCAAUGGGGGCCUGUGGGUUCCUCUGUUUUGGCCAUGACUAAAUCUGCUCUGCUGUAUCUAGCUACAUGAGUCAGUGUAGUCGCCAAUGACAUGACAGUUCGAUCAGUUUAUGAAUUACUCCCUCCCUCCUUUUCAUGGCA